GUUUUGCUGAAGCUCAUUUCAUUUCAAUCCAGAGCUUUAUUGUUUUUGGAAGUUGUAAGGUGACAGUUGAUUACACACUCGAGUACUGAUUUACAUGAAUAAGAAUAAGACUGUAUUGGCUUUUAUUACGCAGACAAGGAAUUUGACUCCGUAUUUUCCGUUGCUCUCAGUGUACAUACACAUAAAUAUACAAAAAUAAAACAACAAAAAAACAAGACAAGGACAACAAAGAGGCAUAAACAGCAUGCACACUGUGCCUGUCUUACUUUUAAAUUGUACAAACUGUACGGGAGAAAACAUGGAAAUGGGACGAAGGGUGUUGAAAGGACUAAUUAAAUCUCAUACGGUCAAAGAAAUGUCCUUGUUAGGGACCAACUAGAGGUAAAUACACCUGUGACCCACUUUGGAUCCUGACUCAUAAUUUAAUAAACCAGUCUUUGUCAGUCCUAAUCACCCUAAUCCCUACUCCUGAAGGCAGUCAACACAACUUUGCAUUAAUAAAAAAACUGAAUGUUUUUUAGCUUAUAUGAAUGUAUUCUAUUUCCAAUAGAAAGUAGUUGGCGUCAUUCAAUAAUUUGCAUCCUCCAAAACAUAAUAUUUGCACAGCUACGCAUUUACUGCUCUGAUAUUGACAGUGUUUUGUAAAAUAAAGUAGCAACAUAUUUAUUUAAAUGAUAAUAAUGUUUUGCAGCAGAGGUCAUGACAGAAUUCUGUUUUCAUGGCUCUACAAAAAGUGUAAGUGUGACUAUUAUGGACGGGGAAAGAAAAUUUGAAAUAAAUGCAAUAAAUUACAGAAUCUAUGAGUCUGACAGAAAUGUACUCAUGUCAUGUCCCAUUGAAGUUUACCCCACUGAUCUUCAUCCCAUUAUGUUGCACUGAAGUAAAAACUGUGUAAUAAAAGUAAUCAAAUGUAAGAUGUUAAAAAGCCACCUUAUUCUGUAUAAUACUGAGAGUGUCUUCCAAGACACAUAAACGGUCACACAUGCUUAAUUAAGUAUGCAAGUUUAUUCAAGUAGUGUCUUCUCAUUUCUAAUAUGAGAAUUUCCAGACUUGUGGUUUGCGCAAAAAUCCCUGCAAAAAACUGUAAAUUAUGCUAAUUUAGCAAAUACUUUUGCACAUAAUAGAUUCAAGAUUCAAGAUUCAAGAUGUUUUAUUUGUCACAUACACACACAGGGUGUGCAGUGAAAUGAAAGUGGCAAUGCUCAGCAGGAAUGUGCAAGGGCAACAAGUACACACUAUUUACAAAUAAAAAACAACACAAUAUUUACAGUAAGUGUGUGUGUGUGUGUGUGUGUGUGUGUGUGUGUGUGUGUGUGUGUGUGUGUGUGUGUGUGUGUGUGUGUGUGCCUAAGAGGGGCAGUUGUGUGGGUCUAUGUGGGGGUCCUGGUGAGGUCGGAGUUCACAAUCCUGAUGGCCUGAGGAAAGAAACUCCGUCUCAGUCUCUCUGUUCUUGCAGCGUGACUACGGAGGCGCCUGCCUGACCGCAGCAGCUGAAACAGUCUGUUGUUGGGGUGGUGAGGAUCCUUCAUGAUCCUGCCGGCUCUGGUUCUGCACCUCCUGGUGUACAAGUCCUGCAGGGUGGGGAGUGUAGUUCCAAUAGUGCGCUCAGCCGAACGCACUACUCUCUGCAGAGCCUUCCUGUCCUGAGCGGAGCAGUUGCCAAACCAGGCUGUGAUGCUUCCUGUCAGGACGCUCUCUACAGCUCCAGAGUAGAAGGACUGAAGGAUCCUCUGGGAAACUUUAAAUUUCCUCAGCUGCCUGAGGUGGUAGAGGCGCUGCCUUGCCUUUCUCACCAGAGUGUCUCAUGAUGUAAUGGAUAACUCCAACGUACAUGUCGUGCCCAAUACCCUCAUUAUAGUUGGUCUGGCCUCCCUGGGUAUCAACUACUUUGCUUCAAAGAUCUGCCAGGACGCUCUGGAUGCCGGGCGGUUUGCUCGCUGGAAGAGCAUGCUGAAGCCCUAUUUCGCCAUCUCUUGCUUCUUCACUGUCCUCAUGCUGCUAUCUGUCAUCAUGAGCUAUGCAAUGAAGGGCAGCCUGGAGUCAUCCCUGAAGGUCGGCCUAAGGAACGGCAUCCGCUUCUACAAGGACACAGACACCCCGGGCCGCUGCUUCCAGAAACAGAACAUCGAUCGCCUGCAGAUGGAGUUUCAGUGCUGUGGAAACAAUGAUUUCAAGGACUGGUUUGAGUUCCAGUGGAUCAGCAACCGCUACCUGGAUUUCAGCUCCAAGGAAGUGAAAGACCGCAUCAAGAGCAACGUGGAUGGUCGUUACUUGCUAGAUGGAGUCCCGUUCAGUUGCUGCAACCCCACCUCUCCACGGCCAUGCAUCCAGUAUCAGCUCACCAACAACUCGGCUCACUAUAACUAUGAAUACCAAACCGAGGAGCUCAAUAUCUACCUCCGAGGCUGCAGAGAGGCACUGGUCAACUACUACAUGGGUCUGAUGAACACAAUUGGGGCUGGAGUACUGUCAGUCUUCCUCCUCCAGGCUUCUGUGCUGGUGAGCCUGCGGUUCCUACAGACCGCCAUGGAGGCAGUGGAGGGGAGCGAGAACACAGAGAUUGAGACAGAAGGGUACUUGCUGGAGAAAUCGGUGAAAGAAACCGUCAUGGAGUUCAUCGAACCUGUGAUGAAGUUCUUCCUGCUUAAAAACCAGGUGGAGGAGGGCACUGCUGGAAAGCCAGAAACCGUCUAAAGCACAAAUGAUGUACACACAUGUAAAUAUUUUUUACACACAGAUAACUAAUUAUUGGAAUUUGAAAGCUGAAUAUUAAUCACAAAUUUCUACGAAUUUCAAAGACUCAUUGAUAGUAUUUUGUAUUGUCCAAUCACCAUCACAGGUUAGGUGAAUGUUUACUAUAUACCUUUUCUUUCCCAUUCACAUUACGUAUGCGGAACUGAUAGCACCUCCGGUAACCACAUGCUGGACGACAUCACCAAAGAUUCCCACAGACGUUAUAGUAAACCCAUGAUUUUUUGGGGAGAAUUGUCAAUACCCAUCUAUUUAGAAUAAAUAAUUUCAUUCAUUGGUUUUGUUUUUUAUUUGAAUGAUAAGGCCACUAGACAGACAUGAGGCACAAUGCUUUGCUGCACACCAGAAACAUGGGACAUAAUAUAACAGAUGUCUUAUUAAAGUUGGAUGUUAUUAAAUGCCUUAUGUUGUGGGUUUACUUACUGCUCCAUUUUCUAACAGCAUGCAGACAUAAAAACACUUAAAAUGUCAGAUGUCACCGCCCAUAACAGGUUCUGCAUGUUGCUAAUUUCUCCCUGCGUCUCUUCUCCCUGCCAGUGAAAGGAACAGGAUUAUGAAGAUUGAUAUAAUCAACGUCAGUAAUGCAGUGAAAGCCGUCAAGUGUGUCCUCUGUUCUGACACCUUUGUUAAAGCUUGUAAUCCCCUUUGUUAAUACUCAAGCUGCUGUCCUUGCCGUUAGAUACCUGCGUCCGGUGGAUAUCAGAUGCAGAGAACUAUACCAAGGCUUUUUUUGCUUAUAAAAAAUGAUACACACUGUACCGAAAAAAAAGAUUUUCAAAUUGGUGUUCUUUACUCAUGUCCUUGGGCAGCUCAUUUGAUUUAAAAAAAGAGAAAUAUUCUACAGUGUCUCUAGAGACAAAAUAUUGCUUAAUAUCUGGAAUCAGAAAUAUCAACCUGUGUGAAUAGCUUUAUUAAAGAUCCUUUUAAAAAACAUGA